GGUGAAGGGGAUGCGCACAUGCAAGAAGUAGAAGAGCAGGAGAAGAAUCAAUAAAGGUCGAGAAUCAAGAAACGAAAUGGCAACCGGAGGACAUGGUAAAGAAAGGAAGAGAAGAAGGAAAAGAAUGAAAUUUGAUUGAAGAAUAAAAAUAGUAUGAUCCAAGCAUAAUUUGAUAGGAACAGCAGGCUCUUAGUGGUUUAACAACGGCGGGAUACACUUGAGGAAGCAUUGCGGGGCGCUUGGAGAGGGAUGUAGCUUCAAAGUAGGGGAAGUGGUUCGUGAUAGAGGAGGCGGACGGGAGGUAGCUAGAGGUCAGAAUCAGAAUUGGAAUUGCAGAUGGCGCCUGACUGCGCUACAUCGACAUCGUGGGGCCAGCAGUCGAGUCAUCCGGUUGGAGGGAGGGGCUUUUGUCUUGUCUGGUCGAAACAGACCUUGCUUCCUUCUUAACUUGAGGUCUUGUGAAUUUUCGACUCUUCAGUACGCAUCUUAUUCUGCAUUUUACCCGGUGAUACGUCAUAAACCGAAGAGGAAAUAAUCCACAAACUCAAAGUCUUCUUCGUUGCCCUAAACAACCACAGUGCUUCGCAUUUACUCCGCUCGCUUCGCUGCCAUUCUCUUUUCCGAUUCAAGAGAAGGCGAUUGUGCGCCCGUUGCCGCAAUAGCUGCUGCACACAACAGUCCAUAGGCCGGUGUACAUCUAAACACGCGUUGAAGGAAAAAUUUUUUACGUCGCCAUUGCUACUAUGAUGUUCAUUCGGGUGUCGUUACGUAGAUAAGAAGUGAAACGAGGAUAACGUACCUGAGAAUUUAAUGAAUUUAAACAAUUUAUUAAACUUGUAAAAUGUCGGAACCAUCUCCAAUUCUAAGGGCACUAAGGCCAAGAACGCACAAAAGGUCAACACAAAAACAGGAAUCUGAGACGGAGGCAUCUGAAGAAGAAACUGACGGUGGGACCAAUCAAAUGGAUACUUCAGCGGUUAAUAAUUUAGAAGAACAAAAAGAUGAAGAAGAUAAUGUUUAUAAUGAAGAUGAUGACAACAAUGUUGAUGAUGAUGAUGAUGAUGAUGAUGAUGAUGAUGAACCACGGCUCACUAUUAAAGAAGAACCGGAGGAAAAUGAUGAUGUAACAGAUGAUAAAACACCACCUGAUAAUAAAUAUGAAUGCAAAUCAUGUAGACCUACAGCUGAAUUUCCUAGUCUUGUUGAAUACUUGAAACAUUUGAAGGAUUUUCAUCAUCAAAAGGCAAAGUAUCAUGAGUGUCCACAUUGUAACUUUAUAUGCCAGCAUCCAAAGAAAUUAGAGCGUCACAUUUUGGUAACACAUUCAGAAGAAAAUAAUGAUAUUACUGCUUCAGAAGCUAAUAAUCGUAAUCAAUGUUCAAUGUGUUCCUUCAUGGCUACUGAUCAAUCCGAUAUGACUAACCACCAAAGACUUCAUCAUCUUAAACGACGUUUUUUUCGAUGUACCAAGUGCUCAUAUAUGACGCACGUAAGAGCUCGUUACACAAAACACGUCAAGUAUCACUCGAUGCCCAUGAUCAAAUGUGAUGACUGUGACUUUCGAACUCCGUACAAGUGGAAUUUAGAUCGACAUACUCGAAAUCAUGGUGGUGGUGGUGCUUUUCAAUGUCGAGUAUGCAACUUUACUGCAGAUAUUCGUCAAAGUUUAACGGUGCAUGAAACAAAUCAUCAUGAACCUCCUGUUGGACAACCAAUAAAGAAAUUGGGUCCUUUUGAUCGUAAACCACGAAAUGGGCCAAAACGUUAUAAUCAAGUUGGUGCAAGUGAUUAUAGAGAUGUUCCAGAAGAUUCAAAUUCAACGAAAAAUACUGAUGGUGAUCCAAUCGAAAAUACAGAAGAUCCAUCAAGCGCAAUAGCUGGUGCUGAAUGUAUUGCACUGAAAUGUGAAGAGAAGGGUUGUCAGUUUAUCACUGCAUGGGAUUCUGAAAUGCAAAGACAUUUAAUGGAAUGUCAUGCACCUCUACAAUCACCAAAUAAAUCCAAGAAACCUAUACCAAUGUUAAUUCCUUUAAGUCCAGAAAAUAAUUCAAAUAAUACUGCAUCUAAUAGUUCUCCACCUUUAUUAAAAGUUCCUCGAGUUAGAGUAAGGCCAGAGCUUGCAAAAAUUGCACGAGACACUGAGAUAGCAAAACUUUAUAAUAAUCGUGAGCAAACAACUGGAGUAAGAAAGGAGGUGGGUGCAGUAAAAUCCUUUGAAAAAAGGAAUGCGUCUUUUUUCGACAAACUAAAGGAAAGGUUAAUAACAAAUACAAGCGCCAGCUCAUCACAGGUAGUCGUAAGUACAAUGGAAGAUUUAAAAUGUUGGUGUACGUUCAAAGCGAAUAACUCGGAAGAAUUGGCUAGGCAUAAAAAAACGCAUCAUACUGCGCUUAGUGUUUCUUCUCAUGAAUUGUCGCGAUGUACAAAAUGUCGAAAACCUUUCAGUAGUCUGACAGAUCUUCAAAUUCAUAUGCAAGUGUGUUCUACAGUCAAUAAUGAUUCAAUGAUUAGCACUAGUAGACAAGAAAACACUGGCGUUAACGCGAACUAUACGGCUGCAUCCCACUAUGGUGAUUUUGAGUUUCCUUUUCAAGUGGACUGGGACGCGAAUGGUGGUCUGAAUUCUUCCGGAUCGUCGAUCGAUGGUACUGCCAAUGCAACCACAACAAGAAGAGUAUUCAAGUGUCCUCACUGUUCGUUCUGGGCAUCGACUGCAAGCCGAUUCCACGUUCAUAUUGUAGGACAUUUGAAUCGAAAGCCAUUCGAAUGUUCUCUUUGUGCUUAUAGAUCGAAUUGGAGAUGGGAUAUUACCAAACACAUCAAAUUAAAAGCUGCAAGAGACCCUGCUCAUGCUAAUGCUAGAGUUUUAAUGACUGAUGAAACUGGCCGAAGAAAUUAUUCCAAAUAUAACAAAUAUCUUGCACAGAUGGAGCAAAGUGUAGAUGAUCCAAAUAAUGAUGAAUGCGGUACAUUAAAUUCUCGAACUGAUGAACCUCCUCGAAAGAGAGUUCUUUUCAAUAAUUCUAAGACUCUUUCAAUACCUGAAAUGGCAUCAUCGUCAAAAAUCCACAAAAAUUCUAAUCAGCCAGGAUAUGGACGAGUUCAAGAUUCUGCGAUUCUUUCUAGACCUCCACCGCCUCUCCAAGCUACUAAAAGCGGCCAAUCAUUGCUAAAGCCUAAUCAAUCAACCAAUUCUAAUCCUACCAUUCCCGUAAAUUCGUUAGAUUCUAAAACAUCAGUACCAAUUUCAUACUUAUCAGAAGAAACCAAAAGAACAUUAUGGAAAUGCAAAAGAUGUAAUUUUCGAGAUGCAAAUAAGGACAUGGUUUUACUUCACGUUAAAUCCCAUUAUGAGUCAUUAGAACUAUCUUCUAACAAUGAAAAGAAUCCAUUUGCUUGUAAGGAUUGUCCAUUUAUCGCUAAGGAUGCAACAAGUUUAGCAAUGCAUAAAGUACACCAUCAACCAAAUUUAGAAUCUAUUUUCAAGUGUUAUCUAUGUCCAUACUACGUCAGCACAAAAGCAGAAUUGUUAGACCAUGUACAAUUACACGGAGAAGAAUUAGCUGUUGUUCAUCAACGUGCUACAUCCGAUCCUGCAUCUAAAAAAUCAAGGUCUCCAAUAAAUUCAACAGCUGAAGAUAAUUCUUUGAACAAAGUUGAUAUAUCUGUAGAUGAAACAUCCAGAGCUGCAUCAAUAUUAUCGGAUGUUCCAAAAACCGCUAAUGGAUCUACACCACCACUUUUAUUAGACACUCGUGCUUUACCUGAUACUCCACUUGUUUGGGUUUCUCGACCAAAUGGAACAUUUGUAAAAAUGCUCAAGUGUCGUCAUUGCCCGCAUGUAUCAUCACGACGUGCCGAAGUCCGUGAUCAUGAAAUGAUGCAUAAUCCAUCCACUGUAAAUGAAACACUUAUAGCAUGCCCUGAUUGUAGUUUCAGUUGUUCGCGUAAAGAAGUAAUGGACAGUCAUACAGAUAUGCAUCAAGGAGCGUUAGGAACAGUUCACUGUCUUGUAGAUGAUAGUAGAUCUGAUGCACAGCAGCUGGAUGAUCUAACAACUCUUUUAGGAUUAACUAAAACACCUAUUAUGGGUUCAGAUCCCGAUCUUCGUGAUCCUCGUUUAGUUCAUUAUUGCAGUAAAUGUCCGGGACGCUUCUUAUCUGAAAGAGAAUUACAAAUUCAUCUAGGAUAUCAUUCAGCUGAGCUUCCAUUCGCUUGUGAGUGGUGUUCUUAUACAGCGAAACUUCCAGAACAUCUUGUAUUACAUCAAAAAGCUCAUGCUGCCGAGUAUCAAGAUCAUUCUCAACAAUUAUUAAUUUUAUAUGGCCAUUCCCAAAGAUAUCCACCACCGAGAACUGCAUGUAUUGAAACAGGUAGCCUCAUUAGUGGUUCAAAUAAAAACGUUGCUUGGAUCGUUGUUGAAAUACCGAAUUUUAAUUCAUCGAGUGAUCAAAUUGUUGAACAUAAAAGUGGAAAUCAAGUGUUUACUUGUGCCAAAUGCCCUGCUCGAUAUUUCAAACUUGACGCACUUGAAUAUCAUAUGACUCUUCAUGGUUCGAACAAUAGAUUCAAAUGUAGUGAGUGUGAUUAUUCAUCAAAAACAGCUCAAAAUUUGAUGAAACAUCAAGUAGUUCAUAAAAGACAAAACGAAAUGAAUGAAUCACUUGCUGGAAGACGGCAGUCAUUUACAAAUACAAGUAAAACAUUUACCAAAAAUGGUAAAUUUAAGGAAAAACCAUUCAAAUGUCAUAAAUGUCCAUCAUCUUUUAAUAAACGUGAACAAUAUCAAGUUCAUUUAACAAUGCACGGUGCUAAGAGACGAUAUCGUUGCGAUACCUGCGAUUUUUCAGUUAAAUAUUAUGCUAAUUAUGUUCAACAUUUAAAAAAACAUCAUUCAAAUAAUUCUGAUGAUGUAAAUAAUCAAUCAGAUAUUUCAAUGGAAUAUGAUCAAGAUUAUAAUGAAAUUAAAAGUACAAAUUAUGGAAAAUCCCGAAGAAAAUCGACCAUUUCUUCAGGAUUAUCAGCGGGAAAUAAUUCUUCAAUUAUUUUCGGAGGUUUGUAUAAUAUUUCUAAUCAAGAUAAACAAUCUAUUUUAUUUAUGCAAAAAAAAGAAGAAACAAUAGCGAUGCUUGAAGAACAAGAAACUUUAUUUCGAUGUCAUGAAUGCCCAUUUUCUUCACCAGAUAAAGAUAUCCUUGAUAUUCACAAACGUCGUCAUGGUCUUGAAAGACUCACUCCUCCUUGUCCUCAUUGCAAUUAUGUACCUCGUAAAGAUGAAAAUGUUAGUGAACAUAUUAAGUUACACUUUACGAGACUUUAUAAACCUGAAUCUUAUUUAGUUAUUGAUUUACUUACAUUGAUGAUACGAAAAAUAAGUCCAAGUAAAAAAGAUGAUAAAAAAGAAAAUGAAUUACUAUUUCGUGAAUGUGAAGAUGGGCAGUUUUUACCAGUUUUAAACUCAAAUAUACUGCCUGUAAAUGUUACAAAUGGAAAUAAUAUAGAAAGCAUAACUGUUGAUCCUAAUACAGGUGAAACAACACACCGAUUCAGUAUGUAAGAUAUAUUUUUUUUUAGUUUAAUUAAUUGUUUGUCAUUUAGUAUUUGACUUGUUCAUAUUGUAAAAUGAAAAUAUAAAUAUGAAGUUUGUACAAUUUUUCCGAAACACGACAAAACUGUAGUGAAGUGUGAUAAUUCAUUAGCCCUAUAAUGAAUAAAAACUCAAGAAAUAUUUUAGUAAUUUCACUAACAUUAAUGAAAAAUUACUAAUAUUUCUAUAGCGAUUAUUUAAAAUAAAAAGA